AUGAUCAGCACCACCAUGUUCUUGAACAUCACUGUGGACAGCAGUGCUUGGGCUUUGUCUCCUUUGAAUGGUUUCCAGACAAAGUUCCAAAUACAAAAGGGAAUUUUGAUGCCUAAGCACUGGGAAAAAGGAAUUGGUUAUAAAGUUUCCUGCUUUCACAUGGUUAUUCCAGGAUUUAUGUGCUGGGGUGGUGGUGGUGGCAAAUCUAUCUAUGGGGAGAAAUUUGAGGAUAAGAAUUUCAUCCUGAAGCACACUGGUCCUGGCAUCUUGUCCAUGGCAAAUGCUGGACCCAACACGCUUCCCAGUUUUACAUCUGUGCGGCCAAGGAAGGCUGAGUGCUUGGAUGGCAAGCAUGUGGUCUUUGGCAUGGUAAAAUAG